ACGUGACCCAUAGACAGCAUGGUCACAUGGUGCGCUCACGGCUGCUGUUUGAAGCUUGCAUUGUGUCGGUCAGCUGGCAAGCACUCUUGUAGCUUCCUGCGGUAAUUAUUAUGAAUUAGAUGUCGCGUCUUUGACGUCAUCAGAAUGUGUGUACUCUAACACAUUGCGUGUUGUAAACAUGGCGGAUGAUCUUGGAGAAGAGUGGUGGAAAGCUGAUGAAGAUGUCUUAAAUACAGAAAAUGACCAAACUGACAAGCAAAGCUCAUCUAACCAGAAAAAAGGUGUUAAACGACGAAAGGUUUCUGCUUCUGAGUCUGAUAAAGACACAACACCACCUCAGCCCAAGAAGACUCUACAAAUUAAAAGCAACAAGAAGAAAAAACAACUACCUGAGAAGAAAAAGCAUUCACGAAGAAAAAUUACAGAGGAAAAUGAUGAUAAGCUGUUAAAAAGUGGAUUACCUGCUGAUGUGAUGUCUCUGGUGGAAAGCGUUACUGCAAAGAAAAAAGUUGCAGAUGAAAAUGUUCCACAACCCAUAGACCCUGACCUUGACUUCUUCCCAUCCAACGUGAACCAGCUAGAAGGGACAGCUUAUUUAAAAGAAAUUUUGCCAGACUGGCAGAAGACCAUGAAAAAGGUUGAGCUACAACCUGGCUCACCAUUGCUUCUAAUCCUUUCUAGUUCUGCCAUCAGAGCUGUGCAGUUGAACAGACAUAUAAAGUCUUUUCUUGGGAAGGACUGCAAAACAGCUAAGCUUUUUGCAAAACAUAUGAAACUGGAAGAACAGACUCGGUUUCUUAAAAAGCAUGUUUGCCAUGCAGGUGUUGGAACACCAAACAGAGUCCAGGCAUUACUGAAAGCAGGCUGCUUGAAGAUGGAUUCUGUGCAGGCUGUAGUGCUUGACUGGAACUGGAGAGAUGUGAAACUUAAACGCUUAGUAGACAUUCCUGAUGUACGAAAAGAUCUUGUUCAACUGCUACGAGACUUUAUCAUAGAUACAGUGCACAACACGCAAUGCAAGAUUGGUUUAAUGUAGUCUGCUGUAUGUAAAUACAUUUAUGUGUGGGUGCAUGUGUGUGUGUGGUGACGAGGAAUGUCCACAUAUAAAAGAAAUUAAAAAUGUUUUUUUAUAA